GGUCCCGUCGCUUGGGAUUGGGCUCACUCUCAAACAUCCUGCUUCUCGUUAGCUCAAGAUAGGUUGUACGGCUGAUGCUGAUGUCAUGUGUUUUCUCAGGGGUAUUAUGUCAUCGUGCAAGUCCCCUGAUUUACGAGCCAUGGUUGUACAAGAAGUCGACGCCAGAGCCUAGGGUUUCAGAAGAGUACUUCUCGCACAUCUCCACGAGGAAUGGCUGCCGAACAUCCAAGUUCAGGUGGAAGAGAUGUCGGCAAUGCGGGGCAUCGGAAUAAGCAAGCCAGCGACCCCCCGCUUCCAAUGUUUCCCUGCCAUUUGAUCUGGAAUCUUUCCAUCAAUCUGAAGUCCAAGUAGUCCUUCUCACCACGCACUUGCUCAUCACUAUUCUAAUAUCCUCCUCUUUGAGAUGCUUUCAAAAGGACAGAUCAUUCUCGCUUUUGACGCAUACGGCACACUACUCUCCACAGAAAGCAUCGCCACACGACUAGCAUCGCAUUUCGGACCAGAAAAAGCAGCAAAUAUAGCGCAAGAAUGGCGGAAGUAUCAAUUGGAGUAUACAUGGCGCUUGAACAGCAUGAAUAAAUAUGAACCGUUCUCCAGUGUAACGCAAAAAUCCCUCCAACACGCCCUCGCCGAAUCCAGAGUCACGUUAUCAUCCCAAGAAAUCACCAGUCUAAUGAACGCUUAUAACACGCUCUCCCUCUUCCCAGACGUCCCACCUCUGUUCUCACAUCUCAAAUCCAACCCCCACUUUCACGCCGUUGUCUUCUCCAACGGCACAAAGGCAAUGAUCUCCGCUUCCCUCACGCAAUCUCCAGAUCUCUCUCCCCACGCUCAUGUCUUUGAAGACGUCGUCGUUGUUGAGCCCGUGCAGAGGUUUAAGCCGUGUCCGGAGGUGUAUCGUUACUUGUGUAGGAAGGUUGGGAAGGAGGGCAAGGAGACAGAUGUGUGGUUGAUUUCGGGGAAUCCGUUUGACGUGACGGGGGCGAACGCAGUGGGGAUGAGGACGUGUUGGGUGGAUCGGAGUGGGCUGGGUUGGGUGGAUGAGUUAGUUGAUGGGGAGAUGGGGAGGCCGACAAUGAAAGUUCGGGGGUUGGAUGAGGUAGUGAGUGCAGUGGAGGCAUAUGUUAGUAAAGAAUAG